AUGACGACCAAAAAGCAAUUCUUCAGCACUUCCUCUCCUUGGGAGGCCCGGGUCGGAUACUAUCGAGCAGUGCGCCAUGGCGGCCAGAUCUACGUGGCCGGGUCGACUGCAGCAGAUCCGGAUUCUUCCCCGGAAGCCCCCCGAGUUCGGUUCCCCGGUGAUGCUCUACAACAGACGCGUGUGAUUCUGCAGGAAAUCAUCCAAGCUAUCCAAGCUGUUGGCGGCCGGGGCGCUGAGAGCAUAGUGCGAUGCAAGUUGUAUGUGAGCAGGAAAGAAGACUGUGCUGCCGUUGGCCAAGGGUUCAAGGACGUCCUGGGUAAAGAUAAUGGAGAGCAAAUCGGCGCAGCUGCGACGAUGAUUGUGGUCGCCAAUGGCUUUGUCGAUGAUGAUAUGCUUGUUGAGAUUGAGGUGGAUGCAAUUGCUGAAAGCUGA